AUGACUCCCUCGGCGACGACGAGUAAUGGGAACACCGUGCCGGUCAAGGCGGAUACAAUCAAGAACCGUGCGGUGAUCCUCUCAAAGAUCGAUGAUAUCACCGUACAGGACUGGCCUCUGAAGCUGGAUUCGUAUCGAGAUAGCCCGCUAUACGUGCCCGGUUCGCCCUUGCCGAGUGGUACUGCCCUUGUCCGCAUCCGCGCCGGCGGGAUCUGUGGUUCAGACAUCCACUUCUGGAAAGAGGGCCGUGCAGGCCCUGAUAUCAUCAAGGAGCCGUUCAUCAUCGGGCAUGAAGCUGCUGGGGAAGUGAUUCAGGUCGCUGAUGAUGUCAAAUCGUGGGCCCCAGGUGACCGCGCCGCGAUCAAACCUUGUCUCCCUUGUCUGGCGUAA